GCACCCUUUUGACCGUCGAUUGACACUUGAGAAGUGUGAGCUCCUCUCGACUGCGAAAGCUCGAGUUUUUUACGUUGAUACUUCUGAAGAGAGCGGUUUCUGGACACCCUCUGCAUUGCUCGCGAGGAAUCCCACCCACUCUGACCACUUCAAGAACCCCGUCGGGACAAAGCAAGACCUGGAGUUCUAACUCCACCAUUCAUCGAACGCCUUCCACCCAGCAAAUGGCCGGCCCAGGACCCGUCCUUUUCGCCCUCUGCAUCGUCCUCUGUUCUCUCCGCAUGGCCUCGUCCCAGGCCGGCACCUGCGCGAACCACACCUUCUCGAGCGACCGGGCCUUCGCCUCGUGCACCGACCUCCCGGUCCUCGGCGCCCACCUGCACUGGACCUACGACGCCGCCAGCGACAGCCUCCACGUGGCGUACCGGGCCACCCAGUCGCCCUCCGGGUGGAUCGCGUGGGCCAUCAACCCGACGGGGACGGGCAUGGCGGGGUCGCAGGCCAUCGUGGCGCUCCAGAACUCGGACGGGACGAUGCGGGCCUACACGACGCCGGUGGACAGCUACAGCCCGUCGAUGGCGGAGAAGGAGCUGAGCUUCGGGGUGUCGAACGUGACGGCGGAGUACGAGGGCGGGCAGAUGGCGAUAUUCGCGGUGGUGGGGCCGCUGGGGAACGGGACGGCGGGCGGGGUGAACCAGGUGUGGCAGGCGGGGGACUCGGUGGUGGGCGGGGUGCCGCAGGCGCACGCGACGUCGGGGGAUAACGUGAAGUCCAUGGGGACGAUCGACUUCGUCUCCAAGUGAGAGGGAGAGAGAGAGCAUGGCAUGGCAUGGUUGUGUUUGGGCGGGUGAAUGUGGUGUUUUCUUUUCUUUCUGGCGUUUCGUGUUGGCUCUACUGUGUUGUGCUUCUAUUUGGUGCCUUUUUUUUUAAUGAAUCUUGUGGUUUGCUCCUGCCA